CCGCCCCCGGCCGGGCCACUUCCCUCUUCCCCGCUCCAGGCCCCAUUCGCCGCCAGCACUCGCCUGCUUCCCAUCUGCGCGUGCCCUUGCAGCUCCCCAGGCGUUUCACCAGCACAGUGGCAGGUAUGGCGGGCGUGGAGCAGCGCGAGGGCUCCAUCCGGGUGCAGGAUCAGAGUCUGUUCUUCCGAGAGGCGGCGCCAGGCUGUGGGCAGGCUGCUGGCCUUUCUGUACUACUGCUGCAUGGCAUCCGCUUCUCCUCCGAGACCUGGCAGACCCUGGGCACGCUGCACAGGCUGGCCCAAGCUGGCUACCGGGCUGUGGCCAUUGACCUGCCAGGUCUGGGGCGCUCCAAGGAAGCAGCAGCCCCUGCCCCUAUUGGGGAGCUGGCCCCCAGCAGCUUCCUGGCAUCUGUGAGGGAUGCCUUGGACCUGGGCCCCCUGGUUGUGGUCAGCCCAUCGUUGAGUGGCAUGUACUCUCUGCCCUUCCUCACGGCCCCUGGCUCCCAGCUCCGGGGCUAUGUGCCAGUGGCCCCCAUCUGCACUGACAGAAUCAAUGCUGCGGACUAUGCCAGUGUGAAGACCCCAGCUCUUAUAGUAUAUGGAGACCAGGACCCCAUGGGUCAGACCAGCUUUGAGCACCUGAAACAGCUGCCUAACCACCGGGUGUUGGUCCUAGAGGGUGCGGAACACCCCUGUUACCUUGACAAACCCGAGGAGUGGCACAAGGGGCUGCUAGAUUUCCUGCAGGGGCUGGCAUGAGGCUGGGUCCUGCUGGUGGCGGUGGGCUGCUGGCCUGCUUUGGUUCCCUCCCUCCCUCCGUGGGCUCCUGCUCAUCACGCACAUGCAACAGGUGUGUCUAUCUGGGGUCUUCUCUUUGGGGUCUUUUCCUUUUUCUCUUGCAGUGACAGACUGAGGAAAUUAAAUCAAGACCAAAAAAACCCAAGAAUCAAGGGACGUGAUCCAGGGUAAUCCCUACAGGAGUUUCUCCUGAAGGCUUUCCUGCUGGCUUCCACUCCUUCCUGCUCUGUCCAUCCUCCGCCUCCUCCCUCCUGCCUCCUCUGGAUGUUCUGCAGGGCACUCACACCCCCAUCCUGGCCUCUUAGCCACAGACACAUACAUGCCCACGUGCAUGCUUACACAUUUAGAGCCAUCCGUGUUCCCAGAUAUGACCCCUCACUCGGGAGCAACCACGUGGGGCUGAUGUGCCUGUCUUGUGCAGCUCUUCAUGGCAUGCAUGUGCGUUCUCCGGCCACUCACACACUUGCACAGGCACAAGACUUCCAGCCAUGCAGCACACUGCUGUCUGGGUGGGGCUCCGUGGCCCAGCACUGGCUGGAGACCCUCUGCCGGGCUUAGGGCGUGGCCAGCCCUGAACUCCAUCCACCCACUGGUCGCAGCUGGGCCCGACCAGAAGUGUCCCGAAAAGGGGAGGGCCACCCUUUUAACUCUCAGAUAUCCCUGCUGUUCCCUCCUCCUGGAUGCUUCACGCCUCCCGAGGUUAUUAGGCCUGGAUCUUCUCGGCCCAGCCUGUUGCCAGCUCUGAGGUUUGGGCGGUGGGGAGACAAGUGGAGGUCGGUGAAAUAAAGUGAUGCAAUUAGA